ACAUGCACAAGUAGUUUUCGCCCUCAACACCCUUCCCUUUGUCGACACGCAUCGCAUGCACCAUCCCUCUGUGGUAUUGUUGAAGCCCCUGGAGCCAACAAUAGCCAGCGCGGCAAGCAUGCCGUACGGGGUGAUCGUGACACAGAGCAUCCUGUGCAGCAGUGCUCUGGAAGCCAACCACGAGAGCAACAGCAUCAACCACGCCGACAUUCCCCGACGAAAAGGAAACAAGCCCGGCCACAGCGGCAGCAGCAGCAGCAGCAGCAGCAGCAGCCACGGAAACGACAGGGCGGCCUCAGGCAGGACCUUCGCGGGAGUCCUGCGAGCCCUCUUGAAAACAUCGUCAUCGCCCGCCGAUGCGUCCGCCGGGAGCGGCGACGAAGGCGAGGAGGGGGAAGCACCACCGGUAGGCCGGAGCGGCGUUGCCGGAGGCUGGCAGCCGAGGACCGCGUUGGACUUGAGCGGGCACUCGUUUUCGAAGGCGUUAAAGGCGGAGAUCAACCGGUCCAAGGAGAAGAAGAUGGCCCUCAAAACCAGCAGAACCAGGAGCAUGAACAACCUGGGCAGCAGCAGCAGCAGCAGCAGCAGCAACCCCAUCGUCAAGGACUCCUGGUGGGAGAAGCAAGAGUCAGACGAGUCCUGGUUCUCUCGCGUGUCGUCGACUUCAACCAUCCCCGCCUCCCCCCCAGAGCUGCACCAGCAGCGGCAGCAGCAGCAGCAGCGCAAGGCGGGUCCAGUCUGCCACGCGCGGUCUUUUGGAGACUUGGACGAGAUGUCGCUGGCUGUGGGUCUUCAGUGACAGAUGGUCUUAGAAUGAUGAUUUCGGCAGCGCUUACCUUGUGCGUGUGCGCAAUAUGUAUGCAUAUGCCGAAAGAGGAGCAGCCAAGGCCCGGCCGACUCUUGUCUCGUGUACGUACGAUACGGUGCAGCAAUGUUGAUGUUGUCAGCUCAUGUUUGUGCACUUUGGUUUCUACAUGAAAAGCGUUGCUGGAUUCUUGGAUAUAGCACACACCUGACAAAACGCGUGGUAAUUUUCGUGGCGGGCGUUGUAGUAUUUCGAGGAUAAAGGCAGUCAAGAGAGGUUAUCCCCCCACUUUCUUUUUCAUGUAACAAGCCCGUCUCACGUGGUGAAUUGCUGCAUUCAUUUGGACAAGGUCGGGUUGGGUUGCGGCUUGGUAUGGCAACAGGCCCAAGUUUCAAGAGCACUUGGCGACAACUCCGUGCUGGUGGAUGUGUCUCCGUACAUGCGCAUAGUAACAUAGUAAACGCGUGAGGACAGCGAAUACACGGCAGUGCUCACCACCAGAUUCGGAAGGGAGGCAGGCUUGCUGCCUGGUUGUCGCUUUUACCAUAUUGUAUGCAUACGAUGCGCCUCAAGGUGCUUGGUUUUUACGUGAAAGCCACAGCAGCAGUGUAUUGGAACGAGAACAUUGUUCACGGAACGGAUGUGUAGCCACCCCCUGUCCGUGAGAUUCGUUCUCCUCCGGGAGGAGUUAGAGGAGAUUUUUGGCGUUUUUUCUGAGCGUGAGGUAUGUAGAGCAGACACGCUUGAUUAUGUUUUUGGAGUGGCACCGACUGAUUGUGGAAGGUUUUGGCUCUUUCAGCCGCAGCACCCGCUCUGUUUCUUGUUUGUUUCGUUUGUGUUUGAGGGUAGCACUUGUUGCAGCGGUGCUUUUCACUUUCAAGUCCAUAUCAAAUGUACACGAUGAUCAAAUGGAGGUUGGAGGAAGAGCGUGUCCGUGUUGAUGAUUUUUUAUUUCAUGGAUGCCAGGGGUGAAGGUUUGAUGGAGUGCGUAGUGUGAUUAAUGGGGAUCAACGGGGCGGCUUGUGCAGGAGGUGGUUGGUGAUGCCUUGUGCUGACGGGAGAAGGAAUUAUGUGUGGCAGCGUUUCGAACUCGCAACCUCAUACAUACAUUAUUGUUGCGUGUAUAGCGCAUGAAAACGGACGACUGCAUGAGAGGGAUGAGACUCCUUUGCCCGCCAUUUGUCCGUAUACGCGGUUGAGAUGAUGGACGAAGUCUUCGAUGUGUGCGAUAAGGGGCUGGGAUCAGUGAGGGUUUGGGGGCGGACACGCUUUCACUUUUUUUAGUGUGGGGCAGGGCCCCCGUCGGAAGGCGAGACUGCGUUGCAUGUCUGUACAAAGGGGUGGAUUAACGAGUUUUAGAAGCCUC